AUGAUAUGCCUACAGAUCCUCUACGACAACUACCCUCAAGCCAACUUGAAAGUGAUGGUUAUAACCGAAGCAAUCUCAAACCUCCCCUAUUCCAUCAUGCACGUCGAGCCCAAUGAGAAAGUGGAUAUUCGGACUUUCCUCAGGUGCUCGCUGAAGAAGGUUUGUGCUUGCGAAGGACCCGAAAUUCUGGAGCAAUGUCUCGACGCUGUGUUACCAAUUUGUAACUCACCCGAGACCAAGGCAUUCAUGGAGGACUACUGCAAACAAGCUUCCGAUGAGGGACGCUACGAACUGAAAAUCAACGCGUUCAAAAACACGACGUUGCCUGGAUUUGGUACUUUGACCGGCAAGGUGCAAUUCAAACCACAGGUAUCAAUUUCAUACAGGAAUUACCCUACCUCGCUGCCCUUCUUUUCGCAUUCCAACGCUUCAGCUUGCGGAAUUGGCUACUUUUAG